AUGAGCGGUUCUAGCGACAAUAGAUGGCGGGGUGGACCGAGUCGCCAGGCGUCGCAGCGCAACUCGAACAACCGUGACAAGACAGCAGGACAAGGAAACACACGCGAUAACAAUGCUGCUUGGAGCGCGUCGAACCCUCCACAGGAACCGCAUGUCCCUGUACGGGGCUUCAACAGCACAGAGGUCAAGAACGUUAUGAAGCCAGGGCCUGAUGAAAUGAACUCCACGACGCCCUACAAAUCUCAUUCUAAAGACGGUCCUACCCAAAGAUCUACUGCCUGGGGCCCUAAGGCGCAAAACAUGGCAAAUGGGAAAGACUUCUUCCUGGAGCUACGAAAACAGAUUGCUUCACUGCAGCGAAGCGGUCCCUCUGUUGGCGGCUGA